CCCAGCCAAACUGGCAGGCAUUUCUCGCUUGGCUUUCAGACAACAAAGGCAGAGCGUGCCUGGGUUUCUCUCCUUCAGCAUCUCCACCCUGCGAGCUGAAAACCGUUUCACAUCUCUAGGGGUCACCGAGCUAUGGAACUUGAUUUUGGACACUUUGACGAAAGAGAUAAGGCGUCCAGAAACAUGCGAGGCUCCCGUAUGAACGGCUUGCCCAGCCCCACUCACAGUGCCCACUGCAGCUUCUACCGAACCAGGACCUUACAAGCGCUGAGCAAUGAGAAGAAAGCCAAGAAGGUGCGCUUCUAUCGCAAUGGGGACCGUUACUUCAAGGGGAUUGUGUACGCCGUCUCCUCGGACCGCUUCCGGAGCUUUGAUGCCUUGCUGGCUGACCUGACCCGGUCUCUGUCUGAUAAUAUUAACCUGCCUCAGGGAGUUCGCUACAUUUACACCAUCGAUGGCGGCAGGAAGAUCGGGAGCAUGGACGAGCUGGAAGAAGGUGAAAGCUAUGUAUGUUCUUCAGACAACUUCUUUAAGAAAGUGGAGUAUACCAAGAACGUCAAUCCGAACUGGUCCGUCAACGUGAAAACCUCAGCCAAUAUGAAAGCACCUCAGUCCCUGGCCAGUAGCAACAGUGCCCAGGCAAGGGAGAACAAAGAUUUUGUGCGUCCCAAGCUGGUGACCAUCAUCCGGAGCGGGGUGAAGCCGAGGAAGGCCGUGCGCGUGCUCUUGAACAAGAAGACCGCCCAUUCCUUUGAGCAGGUUCUCACCGAUAUUACAGAAGCCAUAAAGCUGGAAACAGGAGUCGUCAAGAAGCUCUACACUCUGGAUGGGAAACAGGUGACCUGCCUCCACGAUUUCUUUGGGGAUGAUGAUGUUUUCAUUGCCUGUGGUCCAGAAAAAUUCCGCUAUGCACAGGACGACUUUUCUCUGGAUGAAAACGAGUGCCGAGUAAUGAAAGGGACCCCUGCUACUACUCCAGGCAGCAAGUCAUCCCCGACCCCAACACCUCAGAAGAGCUUGGCAAAGAGCCCAGCCCCUGUGCGCCGGAGCAAAUCCCCUGCUGAUUCAGGUAACCAUCAAGAUGCAAAUGGAACAUCAAGCAGCCAGCUGUCCACCCCCAAAUCGAAGCAGUCCCCAAUCUCCACACCUACCAGUCCAGGGAGCCUCCGUAAGCACAAGGACUUGUACCUGCCUCUGUCCUUGGAUGAUUCUGAUUCCCUUGGAGACUCCAUGUAAAGAAACCCAAUUGUCUGUGUGUAUAAUACACACUCUGUUUUAGAUGCAGUGCAGUCCUUCUGCCAAAAAGGAGCAGAGAGGUCACUGGUGCUUGCAAACCAAUCCAAGGACACAAAGUUAUGUCUUUUUCCUCCCCUUAUGGUUUAUCCUCUGUGCCACAAACCAACACCCAUCAACCAACAGAGAUAAAGGGAUACCAUGAUAUGAGUAACUUCAUAAUAGA